UUUGUGGUGGCGCAGGAUUUCCGUCACAAGCCGAGCGACGGCUUGUCGAUCUGUCUUUUCCCGUGAAUUAGCAAUACUUCCACGCUGCAAGGGAAAAAACUAGGGAAUGUCUCUGCUCUGCGGGGGCGUCGCCCUCUCCUCGGGGCCCCGGAUAUUUGCAAGGUAUGUAUACAGUCCAAUCAGAGCAGUAAGUUCCUUGCCAGAUAAAAAAAAGGAAUUUUUACAGAAUGGACCAGACCUUCAAGAUUUUGUAUCUGGUGACCUUGCAGACAAGAGCACCUGGAGUGAAUAUAAAGGAAACUUAAAACGCCAGAAAGGAGAAAGGUUAAGACUACCUCCAUGGCUAAAGACAGAGAUUCCCAUGGGGAAAAAUUACAAUAAACUGAAAAAUACAUUGCGGAAUUUAAAUCUCCAUACAGUUUGUGAGGAAGCUCGAUGUCCCAAUAUUGGAGAAUGUUGGGGAGGUGGAGAAUUUGCCACUGCCACAGCCACAAUCAUGUUAAUGGGUGACACAUGUACAAGAGGUUGCAGAUUUUGUUCUGUUAAGACUUCAAGAAAUCCACCUCCACUGGAUGCCAAUGAGCCCUACAAUACUGCAAAAGCAAUAGCAGAGUGGGGUCUGGAUUAUGUUGUCCUGACGUCUGUGGAUCGAGAUGAUAUGCCUGAUGGAGGAGCUGAGCACUUUGCAAAGACUGUGUCAUACUUGAAGGAGAGGAAUCCAAGAAUUCUUGUGGAAUGUCUCACCCCUGAUUUCCGAGGAGAUCUUAAAGCAAUAGAAAAAGUUGCUUUGUCAGGAUUAGAUGUAUAUGCACAUAAUAUAGAAACAGUUCCAGAAUUGCAGAGGAAAGUCCGUGAUCCCCGGGCCAAUUUUGACCAGUCUCUGCGGGUACUGAAACAUGCCAAGGAGGUUCAACCAGAUGUUAUUUCUAAAACAUCUAUAAUGUUGGGUUUAGGUGAGAAUGACGAGCAAGUAUAUGCAACGAUGAAAGCCCUUCGUGAGGCAGAUGUGGACUGUUUGACUUUAGGACAAUAUAUGCAGCCAACAAAGCGUCACCUUAAGGUUGAAGAAUAUAUUACUCCUGAAAAGUUCAAAUAUUGGGAAAAAGUAGGAAAUGAACUUGGGUUUCAUUACACUGCAAGUGGCCCUCUGGUGCGAUCUUCAUAUAAAGCAGGUGAAUUUUUCCUGAAAAAUCUGGUUGCUAAAAGAAAAACCAAAGCCCUCUAAUACUUAACAAGAUCACAGGAAUGUUUCAACUUUGAUUCCAGUUGGUAACAGAGGUGGUAGCAGUAUGCCUAGAUGCUGCUGGACAGCCCUGAUUUUUUGUUUUAAGAAAAUGUAAAUAAGCUGUGCAUAUUUAAUUCUAGUGAUUCAUUUGUCUUUUAGCUUAUGUUCUUUAUCCCAACAUGCAAUGGCUUGCUGUGAUGCAAUCAUAAAAUACCUUUGUAAGAAUUUACUGUGAACCGUAUAAUUUAAAAAUACAUUAAAAACUUCAAAAAGAUUUUUGUUAAGUCACUUAUCUGUAUAUCAUUCCCACAUUUUAUUUCUGUUUCAUAAGGAAACAGCCAAUAUAGAUUAAGAGCAUAGUCAGCUUGCUUGUCAUUGGCAUAUAUUCGUUGCGGAAUAUAACAUUGGCAUACUCUAGAUGGGUUUAAGAGUUGGAAUGUUCAUUCUUUGGUAUGACUACUUCAGAUCUGCCAAGUAGUUUUGCAUUGAUACUUGUUUAGGAUCUCUAUGAAACUAAGACUAUGAUAUCCAAUAUAGGGAAACAGAACCUAAGAAUACAACAUUAAGCCUCUUUUUAUAGUACUUUGCUACAUCCAUAUUUACUAUCCCUUUCAGUCCUCAUUCCACCUGGUGAGGUGGGUGUAUUAUAGGAUAACAAUGACCCAAAGACGGCAUGACCUAAGGACUAGUACUCAAAAUCAUCUUUUGACACCACAUCUUGUCUUUCUACUACCUCUCACAAAGGAGGUUUUGAAAUCGCUAUAUUGUAAAAUUUGUUAUAUGGAUAGCCAAUUCUGUUUUGGAUUUCUAAUGUACUACUGUUUUUAUAGAAGUAGCAUAUAAUCUUGAAAAUCACAUUGUAAUUUAACUUAGAGGACUGAUAAAUAUAUUCCUUGACUCACUUUAUAGAUACUAAUAAAUUUGGUUGUUUA